AAUUUACCGUCAGGUGUGCGAGGUGCACAGGUAUACGCGUUCGUGUAGAUAGCGACUUCGGACGACUCAAGCGAUACGUUUUCGAGUGAAAUGAGUGCGUAAAAGACGACCGGAAAAAAGUGUACCAGGGAUGCGGUUCAUCAACUCCGUCUGAUUGGAUUCAACGCGAAUUUAUUUAAAAAGCAACGUUAAAAGAAAACAUAAAACAUGGCUUAUCAUUCCAAUGGAUAUUCGCGGGAUGACGACAUAGAUCGCGAUGACCGAAACGUCGACGACAAACUCGUCUAUUUGGUCGAACACCUCGCUACUUUUACCGUAGCUAAAGAUAAUGGCAUCACCAAUUCGAAAGAUGGCAUGCGAAGACUUCUCCAAUUGGAGAAAUCUAAUGGAAUUUGGUCACAGAAAAUGCAAUUAAGACUCGACCGCUCUUCGAUAUUAAUUAUGGAUUACGAAACUGGGGGUAUUAUGGAACGAUUUCCAUACGAUAACAUUCAAGAACCAACAGCAUUUACAAGCGCAGAUCCAAUGGAAAUGUACAACAAUAUCCUCGUUUUCAGUGUCACAAAUAGUAACUCAUCUCAUCCAAUUGAAAUGCACAUAUUCCAGUGUCAGAGUAUCUCCGCCCAAGACCUCGUCGAAGAUUUAAAACAACUUCAGAUGGGAAAAACAUUAACGCGUAGUAGAAAAACAAGCAUACCGCCGCAAAGUCAAAAACCACCAGGACAACACGUGAUGGCCUCAAGAGAUUACCGGGAAAUCGACUCGGAAUUGGCCACCAACAACGACGACAAUAGUUCGACCACCAGCGAUCAGUACGAACGAGACGUGACGGUUUUAAAUCAUUGUUUCGAUGAUAUCGAAAAAUUUAUCGCCCGGUUACAAGUUGCCGCUGCUGCUUCGAAAGAACUUGAACGUCGAAAACGGAAUAGAAAGAGUAAGAAGGGCUAUAACGGCGAUGGUAUGUUGAAGAUGAGGACCAAACCACCGCACGAAAAUGAAUUUAUUGAUAUUUUCCAAAAAUUUAAACUCUCUUUUAACCUCCUUGCGAAAUUAAGAGCCCACAUUCACGAUCCAAACGCACCGGAACUGGUUCAUUUUCUUUUUACACCGCUUGCGUUAAUCGUGGAAGCAUCCCACGAUACUUAUUUCGACCUUCAUUUGCCCCAUAAGGUAAUUGCACCUUUACUUACAAGGGAUGCAAUUAAUUUGCUUGCAAAUUGUGUAACAAGUAAAGAAACAGAGUUAUGGCAUUCAUUGGGAAAUGCUUGGUUAGUUCCGAGAGAUGAAUGGAAAGCGCAAGUACCAUCAUAUCACCCGGUCUUUCUUGACAAAUGGAGUCCCGAUUAUAAAGUCGUUGAUGAAUUGGAAUCGGACGGUAAACAUUUCCGCGACAUGCAUAAUGAGUAUAGCAGCGACUACAACGAUUACGACACUUCCAAUCAAGAUAAUAUGUUCUUAAACGGCGGAAGAUACAGCGACAAUCACGAUAGAGAACCGAAAAUUGAACCGGAAAGAGACAUGGACCCUAUAAGUGCUCGCAGCGAUAUUUCUGUUGAUUCUAUUGAGCGUAAUGGAGAUGAUCGUAGCUUCAAAAGACUUCAAGAUAAUUGGUUGGAAUCAUUACAAAAGAGGAACGCCCAAAUUGUUAAAGUUACUUAUCCUAGAACAGCUAAUAAUGAUAAGGAAUUAACUGUUGUGCGAGGAGAAUAUUUAGAAAUACUUGAUGAUAGUCGAAAAUGGUGGAAAGCUCGUAACUUCAAAGGUGAAGUUGCUCAUGUACCACAUACGAUUGUGACAAAGGUAAAUCCGGAUAUUUACAACAACCCACUCUAUGCUCAUUAUGGAAAUAGACCGGAUUCGUCGUCAGAUCGCUUUAGUGAUGGCCAAGUACACGGUUCGGAUCAUGUUUCAAGUCCUCCUUCUGUAAACACGGCUUCUGCGGAACAAAUUCGGCAGCAAAGGCUCGAACCAGAAACUCCACCUCCACCGCCACCCCCAAUGCCUCCAAUUGACACGGCACCAACAACCCCCGUUUCGACAUUGAAACGUACGGCUUCGAUUAAAUCAACUAUGACAAACGGGGAGAAAAUGUAUGACGAGCUUAACACAGUGCUGUCGUUAUUCCGCAACAAGAGAACUGAUCUUGACAUUAAACAGACCCCAGAGGUGUACAUAAACCAAAAGUCAAAUCCGUCCGAGGUCGAAAGCUGGUUAGCUGCUAAAGAGUUCUCACCAUCGGUUUGUACAAAAUUAAAAAAUUUUUCUGGACAUCAAAUUUUGGGGUUAAACAAAGAUAAUGCUGAAAAAAUAGCCGGUCCCCUCGAAGGGAAAAGAUUAUAUUCUCAGCUGACUAUUCAGAAAAACGUUUGCGGUUACCAAACUGUGAGAUCAUCAGAGUUAAGAGCUAUUUUAGCUAAAGCAAGGGAGAAAUUUGAGAAAGAAGACUAAAAACAAGGAGACAUUUUACGGAUGACACAAUUUUAUUUUAUUUUAGAGGUUAUAUAUUUUUAUGUGAGCCAUUGAUUUAGAAUUACAAUAAUGAGAGAUGAUUUACACUCCAACUACACAAAUACAAUCCCUCUUAAGCCCUCUAUUCACUCCAUCAAAUCUGAUCUGUGUAUAGAUCAGACCCAACUACGCAUCCUACAGUUAAGCUCUCUUUCCUUUCCAUUGCAUUAAAUCAAAGAACCUGCCCGCAAUUACACAAACACAGUAUGCUUUGAAGCCCUUUCUUUCCCAUUAAAUCAGAUCCUAUGACGGACGAUACAAAUUUGUUAAGAUAAUCCCUAAAGAUCAAGUAACAAAGGAUUAUAUAUAAAUUAAAGCUCUCAUUAUUUUAUUUUAAGAAAUAUGGUUUUGACGUAUUUUACUAUUGAGCAUCUCUAUAUUAUGUUAGUUUUAUUUUCAUUGUAGAGGGGUGUUGUUAGCAGUUUUUUUCUUAAUAAAUCUUCAUAUUAAAAAUGA